AAAGUCUAACAAAUGAUGAUCGCACAACCCUCCACAGCAUCCCUUUAUAUUAAUUCUCCCUUUCCCAUUCUUCCCAACACUAUCAUCACUUCUGUCGGCCCCUUUCUCUCUCUCUCUCUCCAUCUUAGGAAACUUCAAUCACAAUCUUCCCAUCUUUGUACUCUGUACUCUACACUUUCAUUUCAUUCUCUCUGUUCCUGACUAACAAAACAUGACACAUCAUCAUCAACAAAAACUUAUCCUCCAAAGAAGCAAAAGCACCACCACCACAAGAAACAACAGAAUCAUCCCUUCAAACCACCACCACCAACGACUCUCAGAAUCCGAUGAUUUCUCCGGCAAACUUCUUAUAAAGCAAGGAUCAUCACCCUCAAUCUCUUCCUUUUCAAAUCACAAUCAACAAUCCUCAAAACCACCAACAACAAAGAAGCUUUCUUCACUCAUACGUUCAUUUCUCAACAUCUUAACUUUCCAAACCAUAAUCCCAACGUGCAACUGGCUCACCAUACCUUCUACGCUCUCAUCCACUUCCAUCUCCCCUUCUCUAGGCCGUAAAGUCACCGGAACACUCUUUGGAAACCGCCGUGGCCAUAUCUCCUUUGCCGUUCAGCUCCACCCUCGAGCCGAGCCUCUACUUCUUCUCGAGCUAGCGAUGUCAACUUCCUCUCUUGUCAAAGAGAUGUCUUCCGGUCUCGUCCGCAUCGCGCUCGAGUGCCGAAAGACAACACAGGUCUCUGGCGGCCUCCAUUCGAAUAAUGAAAACAGAGGUCGCCAGAGGCUUUUUCAUGAGCCUGAGUGGACCAUGUAUUGCAACGGGAGGAAGUGUGGGUAUGUCACGUCACGCACGUGCGGGGAAUUAGACUUGCACGUGCUGAGCACGGUACAGAGUGUUUCUGUUGGUGCUGGAGUGAUUCCGAUGUUGGAGGAGGACGGUGGUGGUUGCGGCGGGUCAGAGGGUGAGUUGAUGUACAUGAGAGCUAGAUUUGAACGAGUCGUUGGGAGCCGUGACUCGGAAGCAUUUUACAUGUUGAAUCCUGAUGGUAAUGGAGGACCUGAACUUAGUAUUUUUCUAUUGAGAAUAUGAUAUGACUCCUAAUUAAAAUGUCAUUAGAAUUUUACUUUGUUUGAUUUAGUUUUAGGAAAAUUAAUAAAUAGGACAUUAUGUGAGUCAGAUUGAUAUAUAUUGUAAUGUUUAGUUAGGGAUGGUCACUUGUUAAUUUGAUAGUAUAUUUUCUUUAUAGAUUGUACUUGUGUACCUAUAUAUACAUAAAGAUGAAAUUGUAUGCCAUUUUUUUUUUGGGUAAUUAAACCAAUACCUGGAUAGAAUUCAGACCAAAUAGUUAAGGGAUUAAAGUAUUUACAUUUGUGUCAUACUAUGUUGUUAAUUUGUAUGUGA